GAUCGGGGCAAGCGGACUAUACCCGAAUUCGUGUCGAAUCGCUCUGAUUCACAGAUGAUAUCGCAGUCACUCCGCCGCCAACAAGUGUCCUCCUAGGUCGGUCGGGUGCCAUUUCUAAAACACCAACUCCUCUUCUUUCUCUUCAACUCUUUUAAAAGAAAAAAAAAAGAAAAAAAGAAAAAAAAACCAUUCGAACUGAAGGACCUCGAUCUCACCAAGCCUAAGAAACUUUUACAGGUGGAAACUUGUUUGUUUGGUGUUUGAUAGUUAGAAUUUUUAGCUGAUUAACAAUGGAGAAACGCGGAGAUGAUGUUGAAUUUAUAGAUGUGAACAAGACAAUGGAUACAUUGGAGCCUGAGAAGGCGAGCUUCGGAGGAUUGAUUGUUCCUGGGAAGGAUAGACUGGUGUAUAGAGCUCCGGAGAGGAAAUCAAUUUUAGGCCUAGAUGUCCUUGCGAUUGCAAAACGAGCUGAGUCUAAGGUUGAAGGUGGAUUCAAGGCCCCAAGAGAAAAAGUUACUUCUGUUAUUUCGUCUAUAGAGGAGGAAGAGAAUUCUGAAUCCUCUGGAUUAGAUGAAGUAGGAAGUAAUGCAAAUAGUGUUACACGCAAUCAUACUAGUAGGCGUUAUCGUGAAACAACAGGAAGUAUUGUGACUCAAGAAGAACAAGUCAAUGAUACAUCUCGUACUCGUCACUCUAGUGAACAUCCAGAUGUUCCAGAUACACCCUCAAGAAGUUACCAUAGCGUUCGGUCUAGGAGUCCUAGGUAUGAUAGGGAUGACCGAAGUAGUGAAAGAAGAGAUGUGAAGGAUGACACUAGAAGUGAAAGCAGAAGGGUGAAACAUAGACACAGUGAUGAUAGUAAAGACAAUUAUUAUAGAAGAGAAGCACGUGGUCGAUAUGAUCAAGACUAUGAUGGGGAAUAUGGAAGAAAGCGAAGUAGAUAUGAAGGUUCAAGGAGGACACCUGGCAGAUCCGACUGGGAUGAUGGGAGAUGGGAAUGGGAAGAUACACCACGCCGGGAUAGUCACUCUCAUACCAGUAGGCGUCAUCAACCUUCACCAUCCCCAAUGUUUAUGGGGACUUCACCUGAUGCACGACUAGUUUCACCAUGGUUGGGUGGCCAUACGCCUUCUUCUACUGCUUCUGCUGCUUCUCCCUGGGACCAUGUCUCUCCCUCUCCAGUUCCAAUUCGUGCUUCUGGAUCCUCCAAUAGAUCUUCAAACUCUAGACAUGGUGGGAAGUCCCAUCAACUUUCUUUUUCUAGGGAAAAUUCAGAAGCAUUUGAGGGCGGAGACUCAGAUAAAACUGAUUUGUCUGAAGAACACAAGUAUGAGAUUACUGAAAGUAUGCGCCUAGAGAUGGAAUACAAUUCUGACCGUGCAUGGUAUGACAGAGAAGAAGGUAAUACAAUGUUUGAUGCAGACAGCUCGUCAUUUUAUUUUGGAGAUGAUUCUUCUUUCCAGAAGAAAGAAGCAGAAUUGGCCAAAAGACUGGUGCGAAGAGAUGGAACAAAGAUGACACUUGCUCAGACCAAAAAGUUGUCUCAGCGCACUGCUGAUAAUGCUCAGUGGGAAGACCGCCAACUAUUGAGAUCUGGAGCUGUUAGAGGGACUGAGGUGCAGACCGAGUUUGAUGAUGAGGAAGAACGCAGAGUUAUUCUUCUUGUACAUGAUACAAAACCUCCUUUCCUAGAUGGGAGAGUUGUUUUUACUAAACAAGCAGAGCCAAUAAUGCCAAUAAAAGACCCAACAUCAGAUAUGGCUAUAAUUUCACGCAAAGGAUCUGCUCUGGUUAGAGAAAUCCACGAGAAACAAAGUAUGAAUAAGUCACGCCAACGUUUUUGGGAGCUUGCAGGCUCAAAACUUGGUGAUAUUCUUGGUGUUGAAAAAACAGCAGAACAGGUUGAUGCUGAUACUGCUGAUGUGGGUGAAGAUGGUGAAGUUGAUUUUAAGGAAGAUGCAAAGUUUGCACAGCAUUUGAAGAAGGGGGAAGCAGUAAGUGAUUUUGCAAAGUCAAAAACCUUAGCACAGCAGCGACAGUAUCUGCCAAUAUAUUCAGUGCGAGAUGAUUUAUUGCAGGUAAUACGUGAAAAUCAGGUGGUGAUUGUCGUUGGAGAGACUGGUUCGGGAAAGACGACUCAACUGACACAGUAUCUGCAUGAAGAUGGCUACACCACAAAUGGUAUAGUGGGAUGCACCCAACCAAGGCGUGUUGCAGCUAUGAGUGUCGCAAAAAGAGUUAGCGAAGAGAUGGAGACUGAACUUGGUGACAAAAUUGGUUAUGCCAUUCGUUUUGAGGAUGUGACUGGGCCAAACACCAUAAUUAAGUACAUGACGGAUGGAGUACUCUUGCGUGAAACACUCAAAGAUUCUGAUCUUGAAAAAUAUCGUGUCAUUGUGAUGGAUGAAGCCCAUGAGAGGUCACUAAACACAGAUGUGCUGUUUGGGAUAUUGAAAAAAGUGGUUGCUCAACGUCGUGAUUUUAAGCUUAUAGUGACAUCUGCAACUUUGAAUGCACAAAAAUUUUCAAAUUUCUUUGGAAGUGUACCAAUUUUCCACAUCCCUGGUAGGACAUUUCCUGUUAAUACCCUGUACAGUAAAACUCCAUGCGAAGAUUAUGUUGAAGGUGCAGUGAAGCAGGCCAUGACCAUCCACAUCACAAGCCCUCCAGGUGACAUUCUCAUUUUCAUGACUGGCCAAGAUGAGAUUGAGGCAGCCUGUCAUGCCCUUGCAGAGCGUGUGGAACAGCUCAUGUCCUCUGCAAAGAAAGCGGUUCCUAAACUCAUGAUACUCCCCAUAUAUUCACAGCUGCCUGCUGACUUGCAAGCAAAGAUAUUCCAGAAAGCUGAAGAAGGGGCCCGGAAAUGCAUUGUGGCAACUAACAUUGCUGAGACAUCUUUAACCGUAGAUGGAAUUUUUUAUGUCAUUGACACAGGCUAUAGUAAGAUGAAAGUGUACAACCCUAGGAUGGGUAUGGACGCUCUCCAAGUAUUCCCUGUCAGCCGUGCUGCUGCUGACCAACGUGCUGGACGUGCUGGUAGAACUGGGCCUGGGACAUGUUAUCGGCUAUAUACAGAGAGUGCAUACCUAAAUGAAAUGUUGCCUAGUCCUGUGCCUGAGAUCCAAAGGACCAACCUUGGCAAUGUGGUUUUGUUGCUCAAAUCUCUUAAAGUUGAGAACUUGCUGGAUUUUGAUUUCAUGGACCCACCUCCACAGGAUAAUAUUCUUAAUUCUAUGUACCAGUUGUGGGUCUUAGGUGCUCUUAACAAUGUUGGGAGCUUAACUGGUCUUGGCUGGAAAAUGGUGGAGUUUCCAUUGGACCCCCCACUUGCCAAGAUGCUGUUGAUGGGUGAACAGCUAGGAUGCUUGGAUGAGGUAUUGACAAUUGUUUCAAUGCUUUCGGUACCAUCAGUAUUCUUCCGGCCUAAAGAUAGGGCAGAGGAGAGUGAUGCUGCACGUGAAAGAUUCUUUGUGCCGGAAUCUGACCACUUAACGCUUUAUAAUGUUUACAAUCAAUGGAAACAACACCAGUAUCGUGGAGACUGGUGUAACGACAACUUUUUGCAUGUUAAAGGGUUACGGAAGGCUAGAGAAGUGAGGUCCCAGUUGUUGGAUAUUCUCAAGACACUAAAAAUCCCUUUGACAUCUUGUUGGCCUGAUUCAGACAUCGUGAGGAAAGCCAUCUGUUCUGCAUAUUUCCAUAACGCAGCAAGAUUAAAGGGUGUGGGGGAGUAUGUCAAUUGCAGGAAUGGGAUGCCUUGCCAUUUACAUCCGAGCAGUGCUCUCUAUGGUAUGGGUUGCACUCCAGAGUAUGUGGUCUACCAUGAGUUGAUUUUGACAACCAAGGAGUAUAUGCAAUGUGCUACAGCAGUUGAACCCCAGUGGCUGGCUGAGCUGGGACCGAUGUUCUUUUCGGUCAAGGAGUCAGAUACAUCGAUGUUAGAGCAUAAAAAGAGGCAGAAGGAAGAAAAAACAGCCAUGGAGGAGGAAAUGGAGAAUUUGAGGAAGGUGCAAGCAGAAGCUGAGAGAGAUAGCAAGGAGAAGGAGCGGGAAAAGAGGCAAAAGGAGCAGCAACAAGUCUCGAUGCCAGGUCUGCGGCAGGGCUCUUCUACCUAUUUGAGGCCAAAGAAGUUUGGGUUGUAAGUGUAAAUUAUACUGUACGAAAUAGUCACAUGUUUCAUGCGGUAGAAUAGUGUUAUUCUUGACAUAAGAAAGAAAUUGUUGUUCCCAAUUGCAAUGAAAAUUAGUAAAAAAAAAAAAAAAAAGGAAAAAAAAAAGAAUGUUGAUAUUUUACCAAUGCAAGUGUUCCAGUGAAAAAUAAAGAUACUGGCUUAUUUAAAGUAGCAUAAUUAUGUCGCCAGUAAUGUUUCUUAAGAUGGUGAAUCAGUUUUGGGAUGUAAAACUGCUAAGAAGACAUGGGUUCUUAGAAUUUCUUAACAUCCUAACCUGCCAUAUAGGAAUACUUGCUUA